CCGCGACUGGCUGUCUCUUUCGACUUCUGUAUAAGCUUGUAUAAACAUUCUGUGGAUACUUUAGUCUUUAGUCUGCCUAUCUGUCUGCCUACCUGUCUGCCCUAUAUUCUAGGCUACGAACAAUGGAUGCCAAAGUUCGGUGGCAUCGAGCUAGAACUUCCGUUUCCAUCUAACGAACGUACUUGGGCCUUCGUAAUACGCCCUAGCUCGCCCGUUAUAUCGCCUCUGCUGCGCCCGGUGGCACAGAUUACUCGAUAUAUCUUCGAGAUUGUGCAUCGUCCGACCCGAACGGCAAAUCAAUUACGCCUCUUUUCCCUUGGUUUCACUCAUUUACUACCAGGCUAACCGUAGCCUGGGUCGCGACAACUUCACGAUGCAUCAGACCCCCCGCGCCCCGCCUCGCACAGCCUCGCCCGCCUUAUCGUCCCAGACAAACCCCACAAGAACCAACAACCAGAGAGAUCCGGCAGGUUCUAGCAGUCGCCCAUCGUCUAGGCCGGGCUCCAGGGCUCAGGAAGGGACGACGACGGGAGCUGGUGGCGGUAAUCGCGGUGAUGCAGGCGGUCCUACUCGAGAGUCCAUCAAGAAAUUGGACCAGAUCAUUCAGAAUAUCUACUCGAAGGCAGGUACCGUCAUCCUGCAGGCACGCAUACAGGUAACUCCCAUUUUCGUGGGUAGGUCCCACGAGAAGAGAACAAGUCGAUGGUUCCAGCUCGAUACGGACGAUAUCGAUGAUUUCCGAGAAGAGUUUCGCAUAUGGAAACAAUGCGGUGGAUUCGAAAAUCGACCCCCUCCAUUAGUUAUCGAGACCUAUCUUGAUGCGUCUUGGUUGAAGGGCGGUCAGAGCCUAGUAAUUGUAGACGAAAAUGGGAAACGAUGGGACGUUGUUGAAGCUCUCAACUCUUCCGAUCAAUCCAGCGAUAGCAGCUCUGGUCGUCAGGGCGAGCCCAUUACGCGGCUUGUAUUAGAACGGUGGCGUGUUGAUUUGAAAGGGCCAAAUCCUGAUAAAUCAGACGACUUUGGUCUGCUGCUUCCAACAGUAUACAAGAAGGCCAUUGUCUUGAUGCGAUCCAUAUAUACGACUACAGGUAUCUUGCCCGCAUGGAAACUCGCCAGGAACUCCAAGACUAAAGGCAGCCAUCCCGCAUUGUCAAUUCGCUGCCGAGUCUUUUCAGGUGAGGCCCCAGCGUAUGGGUCCGACACCCUGAGGAUGCCGUUGUAUAACGGAAGGGGGGAUGUUUCUACGGAUUGCGUGUUUGGCGACCUGGAAAUCCCUGUGGGACGUUUCUAUGUUUCUGUCUCUUACCGCAACAACUGCAAUUUCCAAGUCGUCGAGACAGAAUCUUUACUAAGUUCCCGUAUCGGCAUGACUAUCUCUGAUGACAUGUUUAAGCCGUCGCUACCCCAUCGUGGCCAUGGACGCCGCGAAUCAUACGCCCCCGAAGUUGGGUCGCUUCCAUAUCAUCGCCACGCACAAGACGUCACAGAGAACCAGCAACGAUACGGUAGCUUAUCUACGUUUCAUGGCGAAGGGCCCGUUGGCACAAGCCCGAUUUCAGCGUUAAAAGCUGUCAAAGCCCCAGGCUCGGAUACUAGCUCACCGACCGAUUCUAGACCUGCGAGCGUGGAAGCUCCUCCCCACACUCUCCCUAUUACCGGACCUGCUCGGCGACCAUCUCUUAGAGGGGUAGACGGUCCGAGACGUCCGUCUGUCUCCUUUCAGUCAUCUCCCUUCAAGCAUGGCUCCCUUUCGAGCUCGCCCGUAACUCGAUUGCAGGACCAAGAUGUUCCUCCGUCACCGCAUUCCCUCAAUCGGACCUCAGGUUUAAGCGCACACGUGAGGAGUCGUUCCUCACUAACAGCUGGAAUGGCUGCUUCCUUACGAGGAGCACCACCUUCAACUGCAGCAGAUAACUCUGUUGCAAGUUCGCCACGGCCAUCAGUCUCUAAUCGGUUUAGUAGUAGCUUCACGCAUCGUCGUAGCCGGCCAUCGAUUAGCGGUGCUAAUAGAGGAGACGACGACCAGAACAGCAGCGGCAAGCAAAGUCUCUCAUCUUCCAUUGUACAACCUGGUUCCGGCUUAUUUAAUGAACUCGGGGCGGGUGGCAGUUCCGGGUCCUUCCAGACCGAUGACGAUAACAUUCAGGAUUUCUUGAAGCUAAUUGAAAGCAAGAGAACACUACAAAGUUUUGAACCUAUCAAGAAGGGCGAGUCGGCGACUAAGAGGACAGCCGCUCAGCUAUCUAAAUUCCAUCUUAUGCGCGAGUCGAAUAAUGCGCUCACUGAAUCCAUGAACUCGUCUAUGCAAUUACACCGUUCGUCCAGCUCCUCAAGUCGACAGUUAGCCAACGUGCCAGGGAUGUCGACAUCGUCAUCCCCGGGGAAACCCUUAUCACCUCAUACUCCGCACACGCCGGCCAUUCCAUCCCGGUUGAGCGAAAACUCAAGUGUCGACUACGCGCCUACCGCAAGGGUUACGUCGCGGUCGCGCAAUGUCGAAGACCUUGCGGAAGAGCCAGUCAGUGUACAAGCUACUCAUGAGGGAACCACUGCGAUCGAUAUUCCUACCUCUCCGCGGCCUUAUCCGCACGGAAGGCGAUCAAGCUCCGUGGCUCAUCAAAACCGCGCAUUGGUUGAUGAUGAUGAUGUUGACGCGCAUCGUAGCAUCAGUCUUGGCGCGGAUGACCGCGAGCCGCCUAGUCUGAGCGUUUUGCUAAGAUUAGGUGCUGCCGAAGCUAAUAGCGCGGUGGAUACACCUGGGUUACAAUCCCCUGUCGAUAUUAGGACAACUAAUUCGCCGGAUACGCUCGGACAGGAGUCGGAAUCCGUUGAACGAGAAGUCCGGCCUCCUGGUGGUCUUUAUACCGGAUUUUCUAGUUCACCCUAUACUAGACGUUAUGGCAAUAGCAUUGGCCGGGGAAUAACACCUCCCCAUUCUGGAAGCGGCAGUCUAGCAGGAUCUAGUGGCAGAUUCGGCAGAGGUUAUUCACGCGGAGGUGCUACCGGGCUAGGUGUGGCAGGUACUGUCGCGGACGAGACCGAUGAUGAGCCGCUUCUUUUCGACAUGUCGGAGAUCACCCGCGAACAAUCACGUCGCAGUCUCGAGGAAGGCAGGGGUGGCGGCAGCGUGGGGUCUACAGGUGACAGGGGAGGAUACGAAACAAGCCAUAGGAACCGCCGUUGGUAAAAAUUUCGUAUCCUACUACACCUACCUACAACCCUAUGUGGGUAUUUCGUUUCGUUGUUAAGAAAUUGUUGUGUAAUGUUUGUCUUGGUCGCGGAUUGAUGAUAUAUGUAUGGAAUAGGAAUUCGUUAGGUGGCGGCGGGUUCUUUAUGCUGCUGGACAUGGAUACGUCCUCGGAGAUCUACUGCACCUACAGACUGCCAUUGUUAUUUCCUGGAUGGCGCGGAAGUUGUUUUGAUAGGAGUUUGAUGGCAUUUUGGACGGACAUGACUAUUCUUGAUGACGGCCGGAGUCUAGAGUGGGGUUUGUGAGGUCCAUUAUCAUAUCACGCUCGAGGAAGACCGUCUGGCGUUUUUUGGUCCCGGAACAUGGCAGAAG